AUAUCACUGCUUGAGGUUUGAUCAUGAGACGUUAGGCUUUAAGGGUAAAGUUCGGAGUACUUUCUAAAUGUCUUGGCAGAUGCUGCUGAAGUUAGGAGGCAUGCGUGCUGCUCUGGGUGUGCUGGCGGUCCGGAGGGCAUGCUGCCACUCCCGCUCCGCCCACACUUCACCUCAGACGUUGGAGUACAAGCCCAUCAAAAAGGUCAUGGUGGCCAAUAGAGGAGAGAUCGCUAUCCGGGUGUUUCGAGCUUGUACAGAGUUGGGAAUCCGGACCGUGGCUGUGUACUCUGAGCAGGACACGGGUCAGAUGCACAGGCAGAAGGCAGAUGAGGCCUACCUCAUAGGCAGGGGCCUGCCACCCGUCGCUGCAUAUCUGCACAUACCUGACAUCAUCAAAGUGGCCAAGGAGAAUGAUGUAGAUGCUAUCCACCCUGGCUAUGGCUUCUUGUCUGAGCGGGCUGAUUUUGCCCAGGCCUGUACUGAUGCUGGAGUGCGCUUCAUCGGCCCUGCCCCUGAGGUCGUCCGCAAGAUGGGGGACAAAGUGGAGGCUCGUGCCAUCGCUAUUUGUGCUGGUGUGCCAGUGGUUCCUGGAACAGACGCUCCUAUCUCCUCUCUGCAGGAGGCGCAGGAGUUCUCCCACAACUAUGGCUUCCCCAUCAUCUUCAAGGCUGCGUACGGUGGUGGGGGCCGUGGCAUGCGGGUGGUCCGUGAGUAUGAGGAACUGGAAGAAAACUAUCAGCGGGCCUACUCUGAAGCCCUGGCUGCCUUUGGCAAUGGAGCACUGUUUGUGGAGAAGUUCAUUGAGAAGCCCAGACACAUUGAGGUGCAAAUUCUGGGUGACAAGUAUGGGAACGUGAUUCACCUUUAUGAGAGAGACUGCUCUAUUCAGAGGAGGCACCAGAAGGUGGUGGAGGUUGCCCCAGCAACACAGCUAGAUCCCCACCUCCGAGACAGGCUAACCGCAGACUCGGUCAACCUGGCCAAACUGGUUGGAUAUGAAAAUGCAGGCACAGUGGAGUUCCUGGUGGAUAAGCAUGGAAAACACUACUUUAUCGAGGUCAACUCCCGUCUGCAGGUGGAACACACAGUUACAGAGGAGAUCACAGAUGUUGACCUGGUGCAUGCUCAGCUGCGGAUUUGCGAGGGUCGCAGUCUGCCCGAGCUGGGGCUAAAGCAAGAUAAGAUCCGGAUCAACGGUUAUGCCAUCCAGUGCCGUGUGACCACAGAAGACCCUGCACGUGGCUUUCAGCCGGACACAGGUCGACUUGAGGUGUUCCGCAGUGGUGAAGGUAUGGGCAUUCGGCUGGACAGUGCCUCUGCCUUUCAGGGUGCGCUCAUCUCCCCCCAUUACGAUUCUCUCCUGGUUAAAGUCAUCUCCAGCGGUAAGGACCUCCCUGCCGCUGCUGCCAAGAUGAGCCGCGCCCUGGCCGAGUUCCGUGUGCGGGGGGUCAAGACAAAUAUCCCGUUCCUCCAGAAUGUGUUGAGCAAUGACCAGUUCCUUUAUGGCACCGUGGACACUCAGUUCAUCGACGAGAAUCCAGACCUGUUCAACCUCAAACCGGUCCAGAACCGAGCCCAGAAACUCCUCCAUUACCUCGGUCAUGUUAUGGUGAACGGCCCUACUACUCCCAUCCCUGUCAAGGCUAAGCCUUCCUCCAUUGAUCCAGUGGUCCCCGCUGUACCUCUCGGUGACCCACCUAAAGGUUUUAGAGAUGUGUUGCUGAAGGAGGGUCCCGAGGGCUUUGCUAAAGCAGUGCGAGCCCACCAGGGUCUGCUCCUGAUGGACACCACCUUCAGAGACGCCCACCAGUCUCUGCUGGCCACCAGAGUUCGGACGCAUGACCUCAAGAAAAUCUCCCCCUUCGUGGCUCACAACUUCAACAAGCUCUUCAGCAUUGAAAACUGGGGAGGCGCUACAUUUGAUGUGGCCAUGCGUUUCUUAUAUGAGUGUCCAUGGAAGAGGCUGCAGGAGCUCAGGUCCCUGAUACCCAAUGUGCCCUUCCAGAUGCUCCUGAGAGGAGCCAAUGCAGUCGGAUACACCAACUACCCCGACAACGCUGUCCACAAGUUCUGUGAGGUGGCCAAAGAGAACGGGAUGGAUAUCUUCCGAGUCUUUGACUCUCUGAACUACCUGCCCAACAUGCUGCUGGGUAUGGAGGCAGCGGGAGCUGCAGGAGGAGUGGUGGAGGCAGCUAUCUCCUACACAGGAGACAUCUCUGACCCCACGAGGCAGAAAUAUUCGCUGGACUACUACCUCAAGCUGGCCGACGAGCUGGUGAAAGCUGGAACGCAUAUACUUUGUAUCAAGGACAUGGCUGGGCUGCUGAAGCCAGAGGCGAGUCGUUUACUGGUCAGUUCUCUGAGGGACCGUUUCCCUGACAUGCCAAUUCAUGUGCACACUCAUGACACAGCGGGCGCCGGUGUGGCUGCCAUGUUGGCGUGUGCUGAAGCUGGAGCGGACAUUGUGGACGUUGCGGUGGACCCCAUGGCUGGCAUGACCUCACAGCCCAGCAUGGGGGCCAUUGUGGCCUGCACCAAGGGAACCAAAUAUAAUACAGGUAUCUCUCUGGAGAAGGUCUUUGACUACAGUGAAUAUUGGGAAGUGGCCCGUGGUCUCUAUGCUCCUUUUGACUGCACAGCCACUAUGAAGUCUGGCAACGCUGACGUCUAUGAGAAUGAAAUCCCAGGAGGCCAGUACACUAACUUGCACUUCCAGGCUCACAGCAUGGGCCUGGGCCACAAGUUUAAGGAGGUGAAGAAGGCUUAUGUCGAGGCCAACAAACUGCUGGGAGACCUCAUCAAAGUGACCCCUUCCUCGAAGAUUGUGGGUGACCUCGCGCAGUUCAUGGUGCAGAACUCACUAACCCGUGCAGAGGUUGAAGAGCGGGCAGACGAGCUGUCCUUCCCUCUCUCGGUGGUGGAGUUCCUGCAGGGCCACGUCGGCAUCCCCCACGGAGGCUUCCCCGAACCCUUCAGGUCUAAGGUGCUGAAGUCUCUUCCUCGCGUAGAGGGUCGUCCAGGUGCCUCGCUCCCCGCCAUGGACUUCGAGGCUUUGGAAAAGCAGCUGCGUGAGACGCACAGAGAUGACAUCACUCCAGAGGAUGUGAUGUCAGCAGCCAUGUACCCGAAAGUUUUCCACGAGUUUAAGGAAUUCACCACCACCUUUGGGCCUGUCGACUGUCUCAACACUCGCCUCUUCCUGGACGGCCCCAAGAUCGCUGAGGAGUUUGAGGUGGAGCUGGAGAGAGGGAAAACGCUCCACAUCAAAGCUCUGGCUCUGGGGGACCUGAACAAGGCCGGACAGAGAGAGGUGUUCUUUGAGCUGAAUGGCCAGCUGAGGUCUGUUCUAGUGAGAGAUACCGUGGCCAUGAAGGAGAUGCACUUCCACCCAAAGGCUCUGAAGGACGUGCGGGGGCAGGUGGGCGCGCCCAUGCCGGGGAAGGUGGUGGAGGUGAAGGUGAAGGAGGGCCAGAAGGUUGAGAAGGGUCAGCCUCUGUGCGUGCUCAGUGCUAUGAAGAUGGAGACAGUGGUCAACUCACCGCUGUCCGGCACCGUGGCCAAAGUGUAUGUGAAAACUGACAGCAGCCUAGAGGGAGAUGACCUGAUCCUGGAGAUUACAGAGUAGACACACAGCCUGGGGAAUCAAAAUGUUAACCUGACAUUAACAUCGCCAGCCCCUGCAAGCACACACCUACACACACACACAUGCACAUAAAUACACACACAGUUAAUAGGACUGGGCCAGGACUGGGGUUGUCUAUUUUUGGAGAAAAAUCUCAAAUGAACUGAACGUAGUUACUGCCUUAUGUGUCUGUAAAUGUGUGUUUUUGCAUCGGGUGCACGAGGGUUCAUUUUGUGUCAUCUGUGCUCGUCUGAUAUAAUCAUCUGUCAUUUAUAACGAUAAUCACCAGUGCUAAUCAUCCGUGCGCUGUAAAGUAGUGUUAUAUUAACAUUAACUGAGUGUUCUAUUAAUGUUUAUGUCAAUCGUCUAAAUAGAAAUAUGAAUGUAGUGGUGAAGAGACUUAAAUGGGGAAAAAAAAGCAAUAACUGAACCGAGCGUAAUUACAAAUAAGCCUAGUUUUGCACAAAAAAAAGAAAUUAGCACAUCACCUUUAUCCUUGACUAUUAACUUAAAAAUUAAAAAGCACUACUUUGGAGGUUUUACCUGAAGUGUUGAAUUAACCAAAACGAAGUGAUAGAUCUGUUUUUUAAAUCUCUGCUCUCACUCCCUUUCACAGCAGGCCUUUUUUCAGCAUUUUCUGCAGAUGAACAGUUCACAAUGUUCCAGGUCUUAUCACAGGGUGACAUUAAUUUCAAUCAUUGACCAAAAAUUCAUCGUUAAAUCACAAUGCCACACUCAACUGGGUGAAUAUGACCAAUGGUCUUGUUAGCACUUAGAACCUGAUAUACUUUCUGUGGUCUCCACAUGCAGUAGGCCGAACUGAAGCACAGGCUCGCUAGUCACUGGGGCGGUCUUGGCCGAGCUCCAUUGAUCACAAUGAGGAUUGAUGAUUAGAUGUGUUCAAGAACGCCUGCAGAACCCGGGGAGUCUCCGAGCUCAUCCAAUCAGAGCACAUCGUUAGAGGGGAAACCUCCUUCUCAUGUCACUGUUCCAAUUUGCCCUUUAACAUGAAUUUAUCACAGCACUCUUGUUACAUUCCAGCGCAGUAGAAGGCAUAAAGCCUUGGAUCGUGGCCCGAGGAGCCUCGUUCUUUUUCUGUUUUUUCUUUCGCUCAAUAGAGCACUGACACUGGAGCGUUCUCGUUUGAACUGUUAUCUUUUGUAGCUGUGAAUCAAACAUAUGUGAUCUGUAAGAGCAAGCAGGCUGUUGAAAGCACUCAACACUACGCUUCGAUGGCGCCGUAUCAGUAAUCCAUUAGGCAGCAUCCAGACUGCUUUCGCUAAUUUGAGCGACGAACAGUUUUGAUAGAUGCUUCUCUCUUCUGAACUCUUAUCAUUAAACAUAUCAAAACAGGGAAGCCAGGUAGGUCAAGUGUAAGCAUGUUAAUUUUAGCCCAAAGACACAAAGCACAAACUGGAAAUUGAUGCUACAGUAGAACUGUUGAUGUUUCUGUAUUCAUCUCUGUAAUUGUGCACUAGUGGAUGAUUUAACUGACUAAAAUGCUGCUGUAGCACACAGCAGUUAUUCUUUACUGUCUUAUGCAGCAGUGCCCCAGUUACAAACUCAUUGUUGACCACUGCAUCAAACCUUGUUUACAUCUUGAGUUGGUACUUCUACUUGUUUUAUGGAGUCAUGCACAAAGGCUUUUGAGGGAAAGAAUGAAAAGCUUCCUUUUUAUUUGUUUCAGUUCUUGUGGGACACGAAGGGAGUCUCAAAAGCUCUUGUGACAGUAACACUCACCUUCACUGGGUCUUCAUGGUGUUAUUCGUUGUUAUUUUGUCCGAGCUGCCGAGCUGCAUAAGUCCAGGCUUUGUAAAUGCGGGCAGUAGAAAUAUAUCAGUGUCUUAAAUUGUUUCCCAGGUGAUACAUGAACUUCUCUUGGCAUUGUAAGUACCUGUUGUUUACUUAUUGAAAAUUAAAGCUUUUUUUUCUUUUCUUUUUUUUAAAUCCUGUUUCCAAAUUCAUGAACUCGUUCGAGCUGAAAUGUAGAGCGCUAGAAUUUAGAAACGUAUGCAUUUAUAAUUGAGAUCAUGCUGGAGGGGAGUGGAACUAAUCUUACAGGCUUGCUGGAAAUGAUAGUGUUUAUCUUAUCUUUCCAUUGCAUUCUUUAUUUUCUGUGAAGUUAUUCUCUUUUCAUAUGUUUUGAUAACGAGAACUGUAAGAGUUAGAAGAUAUGCAGAUACUAAUUCACCAUAACCUCAUGGUCUUUUAUCAUUGGAAACAGAAAAUGGAGGCAAAAUAAACGGAGGAUAACAGA